GACCGUGUCCUCACUGCAGUAAGCAUCGAGUGGAUAGUGUUCAAUACUUUUUGGACUUAGUGUUUUUUCUUUACUUGGGAGAAUAUCUUUGGAAUAUACAUGCAGUCUUCGAGCGAAACAGAGAAAUGCGCUGCUAGUCUGGAAAAGACUGCUAGAUGUUGAGCUCUCUGUUUUCUGUAUGAGGGACACAACCACACAGAUGGAGUCGAGGGUUCCCCACCACAUCCCUGGAGUGUCUUCCUCCAUUAUAUCCCAGCCAUUGCGUAUGGUUCCGUAUGGAAGGCUACAGCACCCGCUCACCAUCUUCCCAAUCGACCAGAUGAAGUCCUCUCAUGUGGAAAAUGACUAUAUUGACAGUCCCGCUGUGGUCUCCCAGCAACCCCUCAACCAGAAGGCUGUCAACAGGGGGCCCCACGAGGCACUGUUAGGGGCCCCCCACCUCCCCCAACUGGCGCGCUGCAACCCUCACAACGCCACCACACACCCCUGGAUAACCUUCAGCGGGCGGCCCAGCUCCAUCAGCAGCAGCAGCAGCACCUCGUCAGAGCAGAGGCUGCUGGACCACGCAGCCCCCACCCCCGUGGUGGACCACAACUCCACCGUAGUCACCACCAGGACCCCCUGCUGCGGGCCCAAGGUGCUCACCUCAAAGCCCCUGGAUCUAAAAACUGCUGCCCUGGGGGCUGCAACGGUUGACAAGAAGCACAUGCUGCUGUGUGAGAUUUGUGGGAAGUGCCGCUGCACGGAGUGCACCCUGCCCCGGACCCUGCCCUCGUGCUGGGUGUGUAACCAGGAGUGCCUGUGCUCAGUGCAGAGCCUGGUGGACUCAGCCACCUGCAUGUGCCUGGUCAAGGCCAUUUUCUACCACUGCACAGAGGACGAGGAUGAUGAGGGAUCUUGCGCCGACCGCCCGUGCUCCUGCCACCAGUCUAACUGCUGUGCGCGCUGGUCCUUCAUGGCAGCCAUGUCCCUGGUGCUGCCCUGUCUGGUGUGCUACCUGCCCACCAUGGGCUGUGUCAAACUGUCCCAGAAGUGCUAUGACAAAACCAGCCGUCCGGGCUGCCGCUGCAAGAACUUCCAGCAGGCCUGUAAGAGCAUGGAGGCCAAGGCUGCAGGCCAGGAGAAACAGGCCUCAUGAUAGUCAUUGGCUGUUGCCUUAUCAAUACCCUCUGGAUAGGACAAUCGCACCAACCCCUACCCACUGGAUGACUUCCAGAAAACCAUGGUACUUACAAAAGGGUUUACACUUGUCCUUCUUGGUUCGAGUGAUGUUAUUCCACACAAGUCAGAAUAGGUCUGUCUGCUCAAUUGGUUGUCCUAGACAACUGCUUGCCUCAGAACCCAUCUUUAUAAGUAUAACAGACUGGCAGAUUUUGUUUCUAAAAUGGCUGAAGGCACAAUUCAUUAUCCCUCUAUACUGCUCUGAAUUUCCAGCUUCAUCAUAGCCAGCUACUCUAUGACACAUUGGACCCCAGUUGUUGUUCUCCAAAAAAAACACACAAAAAAGAAGCCUGCUCCAAAGCAGUUUCCCUCUGUUUAUGCAAACUGUUGAUUUCCUUUUGGGUAGUAAAGGAUACUUCAACUGAAACAGCCACCCACUCUCCCCCAUACAUGAAACGUUUCAGUCCCAUACAAGCCUUCCUGUUGCUAGCUUGAUGUCGAGCUCGUUAUGUCAAGGUGGAAAAGUGAGAGGUAAAGUCGUGUGUCUUUGCCCGUCUGAUAUGUAAGGUCAUACCACAACUGAGAGAAAAAUAGUGUUUAGGAUUGCCUGACUUGAUCACUUUCCAUUUCUUUGAGGGGAUUUUUUAAACCUAGCUUUUACCAAUCACUUCAGAAUAAUUGCACGUCAUGCCCUGCAUGAUGUGACGUAGUGGUUAACCCCAGUGCUCGACGUGGAUGUGUUGUAGAAAAACCUCCUCAGGGAUCGUUCCUCAUCAGUAGAAUUUGGUCUAGCACGUAAAAACUGCCAUUAGCCUAGUUGACUUCACUUUGCACAAUAGGCAAAGAACAGUUUCAAAAGGGCAAAAGGGCAAUUGUGAAUUAUUUAGGAAGAGUAAGUUAAGAGAGGAAAUGGAGGGAAAAUACAGUCUUAGAAAAAAAGGUGCUAUCCAGAACCUAAAAGUUUUUUUGGGCUGUCCCCAAAGGAGAACCCUUUGAAGAACCCUUUUUGGUUCAAGGUAGAAACAUGUUGGGUUCCAUGUAGGACCCUUUCCACAGUGGGUUCUACAUGGAACCAAAGGGUUUUACGUGGAACCAAAAGGGUUCUCCCUGGGACCAAAAAUAGUAAUCUUAUGGGGAUAGAUGAAAAACUGUUUUGAAAAAUUUCUGGAGUGUAGCGUUUUCAGAAAGAGGUAAAGUGAAGCUGUAGCAUAUCUAGCCAGCCUUAGUUAAAUCAAACCUGCCACUUGAACAACCUUUUUAGAUGACGCAAACCCCUUAUGAUGUACUGAAGCACAGUAUUAAGUAUCAAUGCUUAAUGUAUUUUACAUUACUCUGUGAACUACUUUGAGUCCACAUUGUAUCAAAUCAAAUUUUAUUGGUCGCAUACACAUAUCUAGCAGAUGUUAUUGCGGGUUUAGCAAAAUGCUUGUGUUCCAAGCUCCAACAGUACAGCAUUAUCUAACAAUACACACAAAUCUAAAAGUAAAAUAAUGGAAUUAAGAAAUUCUCAUAAUUUUUGCUGCAGUGUUGAGUUUUUCGUCUGUUAGAAAUAUUAUUUAUCUUUAUUUUCUCAAUCUAUUUUUUGCGGCUUGCAUGGAGUACCAAUGACUUUGCCAAAGGAGUUUAGUAUAGCUUGUUUAGCUGUCUUAAGGAUCAUAUUUGUUAUGCACUCGCCAAAUUGUCAGAGGGCAAUUGCUCUUAAAGGUGCUGUGUCCUUUUUUAUGCUUCAGUUUGGCAUAAAGGGAUGCCAUCGUUGCAUAAUCUACACAUUUCUGUCACGUCGGUUCUGAGGUCCCCCACUAACAUUAGGGCCCGCCUCUUUUACAUUUUUGUACUUGUCUUGUUGCACAAAGCAGAAAACAUACAGGAGAAAAACACUGUUCUUAGUCUUGAAUGUAUAAGGCAAUAUUAUUUUCAAAUGAUUGCAAUUCAAUCCAAGGGAAGGUGCCAAAAUGGGGAAUUAUGUUCUGACUGACAAAGCCAGGGAAUAUUUGUUGAUGUGGUGACAAUAUGUUAUAGAAAUAAACCUAUGUUAUAGAAAUAGACCUAUGCAGGUGAUAUGUUGUUUUAAAUGUCCUUGAAAAACUGCAUGGUACAUUAUAACUACAAUACAAAACAUAGAUAGAUAUAUAGAUAUAUAUUUUGAGGGUAAAGAUUUGAGGUUGAGGGGAAGAGGGAGGGGGGAAGACAGGUCUUACUAUCAUAAGCACUUGAUUUAGAAAAGUGUGCCCCGCAGUAAAAAAUACCUCUGUUUAUGCUAUUCAUGCCUCUUUAGCGGAUAGAGGCGAAGCUAAUUCCCAGUUCUUCAGUGCCCCUGCAACUGUGGAAUCAUUGAAUCCACUGAAGCAAUACAAUUUUGGCCUAUCCGGAUCAACCCAUUUCCCCCUGUUUGUACUUACACAGUGUCACAAUUUUUUUUCCCUCCCCAUUUUGGCCGACAAAUACCCUGGCCUUGAUUAACAAAUACCCUGGCCUUGAUUAACAAAUACCCUGGCCUUGAUUAACAAAUACCCUGGCCUUGAUUUACAAAUACCCUGGCCUUAAUUAACAAAUACCCUGGCCUUGAUUUACAAAUACCCUGGCCUUAAUUAACAAAUACCCUGGCCUUGAUUUACAAAUACCCUGGCCUUAAUUAACAAAUACCCUGGCCUUGAUUAACAAAUACUCUGGCCUUGAUUUACAAAUACCCUGGCCUUAAUUAACAAAUACCCUGGCCUUGAUUAACAAAUACCCUGGCAUUGAUUAACAAAUACCCUGGCCUUAAUUAACAAAUACCCUGGCCUUGAUUAACAAAUACCCUGGCCUUGAUUAACAAAUACCCUGGCCUUGAUUGACAAAUACCCUGGCCUUAAUUAACAAAUACCCUGGCCUUGAUUGACAAAUACCCUGGCCUUGAUUUACAAAUACUCUGGCCUUGAUUUACAAAUACCCUGGCCUUAAUUAACAAAUACCCUGGCCUUAAUUAACAAAUACCCUGGCCUUGAUUUACAAAUACCCUGGCCUUGAUUUACAAAUACCCUGGCCUUAAUUAACAAAUAUCCUGGCCUUGCUUAACAAAUACCCUGGCCUUGAUUCACAAAUACCCUGGCCUUAAUUAACAAAUACCCUGGCCUUGAUUUACAAAUACCCUGGCCUUGAUUUACAAAUACCCUGGCCUUAAUUAACAAAUACCCUGGCCUUGAUUAACAAAUACUCUGGCCUUGAUUUACAAAUACCCUGGCCUUAAUUAACAAAUACCCUGGCCUUAAUUAACAAAUACCCUGGCCUUGAUUUACAAAUACCCUGGCCUUGAUUUACAAAUACCCUAGCCUUAAUUAACAAAUAUCCUGGCCUUGCUUAACAAAUACCCUGGCCUUGAUUUACAAAUACCCUGGCCUUAAUUAACAAAUACCCUGGCCUUGAUUUACAAAUACCCUGGCCUUGAUUUACAAAUACCCUGGCCUUAAUUAACAAAUACCCUGGCCUUGAUUAACAAAUACCCUGGCCUUGAUUUACAAAUACCCUGGCCUUGAUUAACAAAUACCCUGGCCUUGAUUGACAAAUACCCUGGCCUUGAUUUACAAAUACCCUGGCCUUGAUUUACAAAUACCCUGGCCUUGAUUAACAAAUACCCUGGCCUUGAUUUACAAAUACCCUGGCCUUGAUUUACAAAUACCCUGGCCUUGAUUUACAAAUACCCUGGCCUUAAUUAACAAAUACCCUGGCCUUGAUUAACAAAUACCCUGGCCUUGAUUUACAAAUACCCUGGCCUUGAUUUACAAAUACCCUGGCCUUGAUUAACAAAUACCCUGGCCUUGAUUUACAAAUACCCUGGCCUUGAUUAACAAAUACCCUGGCCUUGAUUUACAAAUACCCUGGCCUUGAUUAACAAAUACCCUGGUCUUGAUUUACAAAUACAGCUGCUGUCCAUAAACGUGUCAAAAGCACCAUGAGGAAAAGAGAACUGUAAAGCUAUGUUCCAUUCCAUCUUGUUUAAUAGUGGAUCUCUUUUGCUUCUCUGCCUUUUUCUUCUCUGUCUCUCUCACACUGUGGCUUGGGUAAAAUCCUUAGCCCCAAACUACAUUAGAGUCAUGUGUUUGGUGGCCUGUUAAGGUAUUGAAUAAUCACCAACCAUGACAACUCAAUAAUGAAGCCUUUUAUUUUGGUAGAAUGCUGUGACUUAAAUUCCAUUUUGUGGUACACUUGUGGCCACAAGAAUUAUCUUCAACUCAAUCAAAAUAACCUUAAAAACUGCUGGCUCCUGCUAUUCAAUGUCUUUGCCUUUGCAAUGUCAAUGUUGCGGAAAAAUUAGCUCUGUGCUUUUGUUUUGUUUAACUAUAACAAAAUGAACAAAUCUCCCAUAUAAAAGUUUCCCUUUAUAGAUAUAUUUAUUUUGAAGUUCUAUUUUAUAUAGUAUUUAUUUAGAUGCCAACCUGUGUUUGUGAAGAAAGCUCAUGUCGAAAUGGAAUGUACAUUGACAUUGGAAAUAUAUAUUGUUAAAUAUAAA